GUCGGAGAGCUCACUAGGUUUGUUGACGAACCAGACGCACAAAGAAACGCCAUGGCUGACAACGACUUGUUGGACUACGAGGACGAGGAAGAUCAGGAGCAGACCGUGGGUGAAACGAUCCCCGAAGUAAAGAAACCUACCGGAGGCUAUGUGUCCAUUCACAGUUCAGGGUUCCGGGAUUUUCUACUCAAGCCCGAACUUUUGCGCGCCAUUGUGGACUGCGGCUUCGAACAUCCAUCCGAAGUACAACACGAGUGCAUACCCCAGGCAGUCCUCGGCAUGGACAUCCUGUGUCAGGCCAAGUCUGGCAUGGGAAAGACUGCCGUGUUCGUCCUGGCUACUCUGCAACAGCUUGACCCUGUCGAAAGCCAGGUGUCUGUGCUGGUGAUGUGCCAUACCCGAGAGCUGGCCUUCCAGAUAUCCAAGAAGUAUGAGCGUUUCUCCAAGUACCUGCCGUCAGUACGUGUUGGCGUAUUGUUUGGCGGCAUGAACAUUGCCAAUGAUGAGAAAGAGCUCAAAAGCAGCUGCCCACACGUUGUGGUGGGCACACCUGGCAGAGUCCUGGCCCUAGUUCGUUCCCGUAAACUGCAGCUGAAGCACAUCAAGCACUUUGUUCUGGACGAGUGUGACAAGAUGCUCGAGCAGCUGGACAUGCGUCGGGAUGUCCAGGAGAUCUUUCGCAGCGCUCCUCACGAGAAGCAGGUCAUGAUGUUCAGCGCGACGCUGAGCAAGGAUAUCAGACCUGUUUGCCUCAAGUUUAUGCAAGACCCAAUGGAGGUGUACGUGGAUGACGAGGCCAAGCUGACACUGCACGGUCUGCAGCAGUACUACGUCAAGCUGAAGGACAAUGAAAAGAACCGCAAGCUGUUUGAGCUGCUGGACCUCCUCGAGUUCAACCAGGUGGUGAUCUUUGUCAAAACGGUGCAGCGCUGCAUGGCUCUGGCCCAGCUGUUGGUAGAACAGAACUUCCCUGCCAUUGCCAUCCACCGGGCAAUGACCCAGGAGGAAAGGUUGUCACGCUACCAGCAGUUCAAGGACUUUCAGAAGCGGAUUCUUGUUGCCACAAACUUAUUUAGACGAGGGAUGGACAUUGAGAGAGUUAACAUUGUGUUCAACUUUGAUAUGCCUGAGGACUCCGACACCUACCUCCACAGGGUUGCUCGAGCUGGACGUUUUGGCACCAAGGGGUUGGCGGUGACAUUUGUAUCGGAUGAGCAGGAUGCAAAAACCUUGAAUGAAGUGCAAGACCGGUUUGACGUGAACAUCUCUGAGCUGCCCGAUAAAAUCGACACUUCCUCUUACGUUGAAGGCCACUGAGCUCCAUCGUUUUCAAAGAAGCAUUGGACAGGCUGUCCAGUCAUCUCAUCUGAAGCUUUUUUAUAAGUUUUCACCUCA